AUGGAAACAACAAGAUCCCAAACCCCGCGGGUGCCGGAAGGGAAACCGGAAGGCGCCCCAACACCGGAGGGAAACGGCGCAGUUUCGGCUGUACCCGGAACCUCCACCCAACACAACACUACACGAGGAGACGGAGCUGUCCCGAUAGUUCCUCCCUCCUCAUCACGUGCUUACAGGGAGGAACAAACAACCCUGCCAAGCACCACUACACACGGCGCUGUCCCGACAGUACCGACACGCUACACACACCAAAUGGGAGCUGUCUCGACAGUACCCCCACAAAUCAGACACAACUCACCCCGUGGUGGCGCUGUCUCGACAGCACCGCCUCGGAAGGGGCAGCCCGCAGCAGGGAUUAGAGCCGCCGGGAAACCAAAGGCACGCAAACCUGCUACGUGGACGCCCAAACCAGUAGGUUCGGUACCACAGCGUACCCAAGCCCUACUGCCAACACCGGGGACAUCCACGGGCACUGUUCCGACAGGAGGGAAACCCCCUGCCACGGAGCAGACCCCAGUGAUGGAACCAGCGCUGGACCCCGUCUCUGCUCAGCUGGAGGCGGGCUGGACCGUUCAGGUGUCCAGGAAGGCGCGGAGGUGGAAGCCCAAUAAACGGGUGGAAACUCCCGUGCCCCCGCCUCCCCCUGUUACAGCUGCGGCUAAGCCGCAUAAGCUGAACAAGAAGCAGAGAAGGAAGCGCAGAGAGAGACUAGCAGCUCUCAACACCGCCCCGGCGCCUCAACAGAGCGUCUCUGGGAAGGGUCAGGCGCAGGCUGCAGCUGGUCCACCAGCAGCGAACCGUGCCCCUCCCCAGGAAAAGAGGGCGAAGGGGACCAGGGCCAAGAAGGAAAGUAACCAGGGUGCCCGGUCUUCUGCCAAGAGGGCCCGACUGGAUGAGACAAUAUCUCCCAGAGGAGAGCCUAAGAGGCAGAAGACUGGACCGCCUGGUGAAACCCCCCAUGCCGAUUAUGCAGAGGCGGCAAAGGCUGACCUGCUGGUGGCGGUAACUACUGCCACCUCGGGACACCUGACCUCGCAACAAUCGGAUGAGGUCCAGAGGCAGCUGCUAGCCCUGCUCUCGCAGGAAGCUAGACAGCCCACCUCAAGCCUUCCCGCAGGCCCACUCUUCAGGGGCAAGCCCGUAUGGGCGAAUGGCUCCCUCAGAUUGUGGUGCGAGAACCAGGCUACGCUAGCAUGGCUCAAGCGCAGUGUGGCUACCAUCACCCUCGAUGAGGGGGAGAAGGUGGUAGUCAAGCGCCAGAGCGAGGUACCCAAACGAGUACGCUGCGGCAUCCUGUUCCCGGGUGUCUGGGAGGACUUUGGCGAAGUAGGCCGAGCCCUCCGCUACCAGAACCCGUGGGCGGAAAUAGACCGCUGGCUGCUCAACCGGCGAGAGGUGCAGGGAACGGAGACGUUCGCUGUGGUCAGUGUGCCGGAGACAGUCGUGCAGCCCCUUGUGAACCGCGGACGCCGGCUCGGCUUUAUGCUGGGUUCGGUGUACGUGAAGUUUGAGGGGUCACGGGGCAAAUUCAGGGAACAACCGCCCCCUAGCAGCACUGUCGCCAUAGAUGGCGCAGCUGAGGCACCUGCCGAGCCCAUGGACACUUGCGUGACGACGCAGGCACCUGUUGACGAAGUCCAGGAGCCUGAGUUGCAGGCCCCAGCGCAGUCUCCUUCCGUCCCCGAGAAGGACGAAGAAGAACUUCUUCGUGACUCCUCGGGGAGUGAGGGGGAAUGCGCGCAGGGGCUGGGCAAGCUGGCCAUCGGCAAGGAGGAGGAGGAGCCGAUGUCGGCGGAGGAGGGCGAUCCUGGUGGAGGAACCCCCUUCGCCCAUUGGUAAAUUCCUCCAAGCCAACCUCCACCACAGCGAAACCGCAACGGCUCAGAUCCGGAAGUGGUUGGAGGUCAACACAACAGCCGUAAUUCUGAUCCAGGAGCCGUGGGUCAGAAGGGGCUCUGUUUGCGGUCUCCGUAACAUAGGAGAGACGUGUGCGCCAUAAGGCUGCGCGGGGCGCAAGACACCAGCAUGCAGGAGAUGGUCGUAGCCUCUGUGUACAUGCCGGAGGCGGACGACCCACCACCGCACGACAU